UGGGCUGCUGAGCGCCCCGGGGCGGCGCGGAGCGGGGACGGCCCCAGCCCGGAGCCGGCGGCAGGAGAAUAUUCGUGCUCACGGAUCCCGAGGAUGGCCGGCGUUAGAAAGUGCGGAUGAGCGAUGUGCAACAGCCAUCAAACCCUAAACACCGGGUGAAACUGGGCCGCGUAGCAAAGCACUAGGGAAGCAGGCUCUGGUAGCUGCAGGCAGGAGAGCCUGUUCUGACUUUUCCUCACGAUACCACUGAAGURUCUGCCAUCCACCACUUUCAUUUAACUUCCCCUUGGGGUCAGCUGGUCGUCAGCAUGCCUUCAACCGAGAACACCUCAAAACUUUUCCUGGUCMUCGUGUCAUUGCUGCUGGUUUUGCCAGUAGUUGAAGCCCUGGAUGCAGGAGAUACGAUUGCCUUCCUUCUAGGCCUCGCUGUCAGUGUCGUUGGAUUCUGCGCCUGCCUUGGCUUGUACGCAAGGAGAAGGAAUGGGCAGCAGUGAUUUCAAAAAAAUGCUCAGAUGAAGUGAAUCUGCAAACACGGCUUGGGGUUGGGUGUAAGACUGAGUUUUGGUUCUGGAUAACUCAAAAAACAUGUAGUAGAUAUUUCUGCAAAUACCUCUUACUGUUCAGUACAACAGAAUCAAGACUGUACCCAGUAAAAGGURUUUGUAUGAUCUGUCCUCAUUACAGAAAGAUUAUUUUAUGUUGCUUGUGAUUACAUUUUGCCUUAGAGAAGGGUAAAAACUUUUUUGAAUGGGGAAGUAAAACUAUAGAGUGGCUCACAGUAAAAGUUUAUAAAUUUAGCAUGUGAGCCWUCAGCAAGUUCCAUAAUUUUGGUUUCAGUGUUUAAUCAGGAGGAACAGCUAUUAAUCUUCCAGUCAGGAUGACAGGAGUUUUGAAAUUAGUCCUGACUAGAUAGCUAGUGAGCAGACUGCUCUAACUUGUAUGCUUGUACUCACAUUCUCUUGUAAUGACAGUUAACACCUAACACCUCACUUCUGCUGACACAGGGAUGAGACUUAAGAAAACUAAAGAAACAUGAAAGGGUUUUUUUCAUUUAAGAGCAUUUUAGAGUAUUUUUAUUUUAGAAUAUGCCACUUCUGUAGCCUGUUCUUGUUACCAAGUAGAUAGACUUAAUAAGACCACCAUUUUUAUUUAACAUGUAUUUCACAGAAAAGUACACGUAAGGCUAUGUAAAUCAGAUUAAGGAUAUGGGUUUUGUCUCUUGUUUUUCUGUACUCAGCUUUCCUCAAGUCACAUCAGGUUUAAGACUUACUUCAUUUGGUGUUYGUACAUUUUUCUCCAAAACUAAAGACUUACAUAUUUUGAUGAGGAAUUCUGUGUAGUAUUUUCUUCAUUAGAAGGCUAUUAGAAUAAUAACAAGACCAUUGUGCACAUUUCUUUUACAAUGUAGAGUAACUUGUUUUGUUGAAAUACUGGGUUUAGUCAAGGGGUCCAUUGUUCUUAAGUGACAUGUUGCUAGCAUAACAUUUAGGCUUCUCUAACUGAUGUACAUGAGUUCCACAGAAAAUUAGGACCAAAGUAAAAAAUCCUGGUGCAAAAUGGGAGAUGUGAAUAGUCUUAUUCUAAUAAUGCUCAGUCAGAUUGCCUGAUACAUGGUUGAAAGACUUAGUAGUGUCUAGGACCUGUUUCUUUAAGUACCAAAGGUGAAAUAGCUCAGCCAGGAAUGUCUACCACAAGUCUCACUGACUUGUUAGGGUGUUCUAGGUGCCUGCUUGAGCCAAGGAGGACAGUCUGUUACAGCAGCAGAAAAAGGAGCAUAGGAAGGUGGGCUCUCCACAAUUCACAGAAUUUCUUUCUGAUCAUGUGCUUAAUCUUGUGGACACUGCCACUCUUGCUAGAAAUYUUGGCUUUUAUCUUUCAGAUCUGUGUAUUUUGAUCCUAUGCUCCAACUUCCUCCRUGUCUCUGUUCAGUAGAACACAAAGCAGUGGCUAGAAGAGUUGUUGGGCAGGUCUUAUGUAAGUAGUURGGUGGGCAGAUCAUGUUCUCCAAAUCCGGAUUUCUGCAUGUCAUUUUUGGCAGAAAGGGACCCGAUUUACCGUUCCUAUAUAAAAAAAAUGAAAUUUACAGCCCAAAGAGGAGCUUCAGACAGUAGCAUCAUAUUUGAAAGCUGCUUAGCUUUUAGCACCAUGUAUGUGAUAAUUCAGCUGGGUGGGUGCAAGCACAGAUCAAAGUGUGAUCUUUGAGGUUCCAGCUUAGCUAAAGAAAGAACCCAAACAGAGAAAAAAAAAUCCAAACAGAAAAAAAACCAACCAAAAAUUUCAAAAUAAAAAAUUAAAAAUCCACAAAAUAACCCUCCACAAAAUUGCUACUCAAUUCACUUUAUAGUUCCCAAAGUUACGAAAUUUUGCCAUUUUUUCAGUGAAAUAUUAAGUAUUCCUCUUUCAAUACAUUUACAUUUACUCCUUCGAAAAGAUCCCUYGCAAUAGUUUCACAGAACUGGGCUACAGUUUCACUGCAGGAGAACAAAAUUUUAACAGUAAUUAUCUUCAGGCAGUAGGGAUAUGAGAAAUUGUAUUAUUUGCCCAAAGCUGUAUGUAUUUCACUGAAAAGUGUUUGCACAGCAUAAUGGCUUUGUUUCCUGGGAUCUGAGAGAAGCUUUAUUAUUGAAGUCUUGGAUUUGUCAAUGACCUGACUGUAAAAUCAGAUACCCCUGUUUUUCUUGUCUUAAUAAACUUUGAUGUAUGAUUUAU